UUUUGUGAGGCAGUGCGGCGCAGCGGCGGCAGCUCGCUAUAAAACCCUCCGGUCGGUGCAUAGCGAGCCUUCUGCCGACGGCUUACCUCAGACCCGUAUUUCCUCCUUCACACUCGCAGGAAUCACACAGGACAGAGGGAAAGGAUGCGAGAAAUUGUUCACAUUCAAGCUGGCCAGUGUGGCAAUCAGAUUGGAGCCAAGUUUUGGGAGGUGAUCAGUGAUGAACAUGGGAUCGACCCCACUGGGAACUAUGUGGGAGAUUCCGACCUCCAGCUGGAGAGGAUCAGCGUCUACUACAACGAGGCCUCGUCUUCCAAAUAUGUGCCGAGGGCCAUCCUAGUGGACCUGGAACCCGGCACCAUGGAUAGUGUUCGGUCUGGAGCCUUCGGUCACCUGUUCAGACCGGACAACUUCAUCUUUGGCCAGAGUGGGGCUGGCAACAACUGGGCCAAGGGGCACUACACAGAGGGGGCGGAGCUGGUGGACUCGGUGCUGGACGUGGUGAGGAAGGAGUGUGAGAACUGUGACUGUCUGCAGGGCUUCCAGCUCACCCACUCCCUGGGCGGGGGCACCGGCUCGGGCAUGGGCACGCUGCUGAUCAGCAAAGUGCGUGAGGAGUACCCCGACCGCAUCAUGAACACCUUUAGCGUGGUGCCCUCCCCCAAAGUGUCUGACACAGUGGUGGAGCCCUACAACGCCACACUGUCCAUCCACCAGUUGGUAGAGAACACAGACGAGACCUACUGCAUCGACAACGAGGCUCUCUACGACAUCUGUUUCCGCACCCUGAAGCUGGCCACGCCCACUUACGGGGACCUGAACCACUUGGUGUCGGCCACCAUGAGCGGGGUGACGACUUCCCUCCGGUUCCCCGGCCAACUGAACGCAGACCUGCGCAAGCUGGCUGUCAACAUGGUGCCCUUCCCACGCCUGCACUUCUUCAUGCCCGGCUUUGCCCCACUCACGGCUCGGGGCAGCCAGCAGUACCGCGCCCUCACUGUGCCUGAGCUCACCCAGCAGAUGUUUGAUGCCAAGAACAUGAUGGCGGCCUGUGACCCCCGCCAUGGCCGCUACCUGACCGUGGCCACUGUGUUCCGUGGCCGCAUGUCCAUGAAGGAGGUGGACGAGCAGAUGCUGGCCAUCCAGAGCAAGAACAGCAGCUACUUCGUGGAAUGGAUCCCCAACAACGUCAAGGUUGCCGUCUGCGACAUCCCACCCCGCGGCCUCAAGAUGUCGUCCACCUUCAUCGGCAACAGCACGGCCAUCCAGGAGCUCUUCAAGCGCAUCUCCGAGCAGUUCACCGCCAUGUUCCGCCGCAAGGCCUUCUUGCACUGGUACACUGGCGAGGGCAUGGAUGAGAUGGAGUUCACCGAGGCGGAGAGCAACAUGAACGACCUGGUAUCCGAGUAUCAGCAGUACCAGGACGCCACUGCCGAGGAGGAAGGGGAGAUGUACGAAGAUGAUGAAGAGGAAUCUGAGGUGCAGGGUCAAAAGUGAACAUUUUAGAAGUAAUUGAUGCUCCCCUGAAGAGCAAAUGGGGCUCAGUCACCCCCCCAGUCCCAUAGCUCUCUACAUACCUUUUCCUAUUAGAGUUUGGCUGCUAACACUCUGCAGCAGUUACUAGUUCACUUACAUCUCACUGGUAUUCCUUGACCUGCUGGGAGUCUUUUAGGAAUUUCCCAAAUGGGCUAUUUAGUCAAAAUGUGCUAAAUAAAGAAACAUUUCACAAAGAA